AUGGAGUCAAAAACUAUCAAUUUAGUUCACAAAACUGAUUCCGCCUUCACGGCUUCCAUCAACGGUCACCCUCUACCAUCAAAGUUCAAGUUGUCUUCUCUGGAUUCGUAUGAUGGAACACGCGACCCGUUUGAUCACAUCGCCACCUUUAAGACUACCAUGCAUCUUCAAGGGGUGCCUAAUGAAAUAAUGUGUAGAGCCUUCCCUACCACCCUCAAGGGCCCAGCACGAGUCUGGUUUAGCAAAACACCCCCGAAUUCGGUAAGUUCUUUUGAAGAGUUGAGCAAGUUGUUCGUUAACAAUUUCAUUAGGGGACAGAGGCACAAGCGUUCGUCGUCUAGCUUGUUGACCAUAGAGCAGGGGGAGAACGAAAGCCUAUGGUCGUUCAUCACCCGUUUUAAUAGAGAAGCUUUAAAUGUGGACAAAGCAGAUGAUAAACUCCUAUUGACAGCCUUCCAUAAUGGGGUGAAUUCAGAUUUGUUUAUACAUAAACUCUGUGAAAAAGAGCCCCGGUCCAUGGCCGAAUUUGUCCAUUCGGCUCAAAAUUUUAUGAAUGCGGAAGACGCGAUCAUUGCUAAGAAGAGGAAGAGGUCUAAGAGAGUAGGCGCAAACCCCAGUCGCCAUCCCGAGCAAGGCCCUCGUCCAAAGAAGGGACGAAUGGAAGAAAGGAAGGACCGUGAUAGUAAGAAGCUAGGCUCUUCAACACGGAACCAGCAAUAUACCCCUUUGAACAUCCCACUUGAGCAGGUCCUUAUGCAGAUCAGGGAUGAUCCUUCCUUGAAGUGGCCGAAAAAAAUGAAGAGAGAUCCUAAUAAGCGCAAUAGGAACAAGUAUUGUCGCUUCCAUAGGGAUCAUGGUCAUGAUACAGAAGAGUGUUUCAAUUUAAAGCAGCAAAUUAAAAAUCUCAUAAGGCAAGGGAAGUUGAGGAAUUUCCUUGGACAAGACCACAGGGACGAGAAAUAG